ACAGUACAGUAUGAGCAUUCAUACACGUGUAAAGAAUUUAGUGUUACUGGGAAAUAGACAUCAAAAAGUGGCCAUUCUUUGUUCUUUUUGUAUUGCUGGGAUUAUCAUUUUAUCAACAAAUCAUGUUCAACAAAUGCGUUAUCUACAGAGCAGUCACAUUGAAAGUUACAUCAAAUAUGACGUAAAAGACCUUGAAUCUAGAAGCCUUCACUCAGCAGUUGAUGUUGAAACAUAUAAUGAAAAUAAUUUACAAAAGUUAAGUGAAUCUACAAAUCCAGGGCCUACUAUAGAGAAAUCCACAACUUCAUUCAUAUCAAAGAGAUCGAAACUGUUAAACUUUUCUCCGGAAUAUAGAAACUCAAAUGGACAUUUUAUUAACUUUCAAGAUAUUGUUAAUUCAAAUAUUGACAUAAUGUUGAAUAAGAAAGAAAGAAUUCCUUUACUAGAUAACACAUCAAAUUACAGACCAGGACAACGCUUGACUAAUAAUCAUCCAGAGGAAGAAAGAAGUAUAAAAGAAACAAAUGAAUUCCAAAAGCAUUCUUCUAACAUUUCGUCAAUUCUAAAGAAAAGUAAUAGUUCAAAUCAAACUCUAGUUUUAUUGGUAACAUACUUGCGAAGUGGAUCAACCUUCACUGCAGACCUCAUUCAACAAGCAUCAGAUAUGUUCUAUAUAUAUGAACCAUUAAAACCUUAUGUGAAAGGUCAGCAUUAUUUUACAAUAGACUCAGUUUGCCACACGAUCAACGGAACAUGCAGGAAACAGAAGGGAAGGCGAGAGAACAUCGACAAUAUUUUAGACGACUUAGCCAAAUUUUAUAAAUGCGAUUUGCUUCAUGUGCCAAUUUCUUACUUCCGCUUCUCAAACAAGAGUACAACAAUGCAUCAGUUUGACCAUUGCAGACAUUAUAAUACACAAUAUAAUUGUCUUUUAGAAUUCCAGGAUAAAUGCAGAAAAUCCGUAAGAAUGAUUAAAACCAUUAGAAUGAAUAUGAAAGUAGCAGAAAAGCUAAUAGAAGAAUUUCCGCAGUUGAAGAUUAUACAUUUAAUUCGUGAUCCUAGAGGUUCUUAUCAAUCAAGGAAAAAUGGAUACUUCUUAAAGAAUCAAAAUGACCUAGAUGCGAUUACGCGAAGUAAUUGUGAUAAUUUAAAGUCAGAUCUCAAAAUUGGAUCCCGAUUAAAAGCAAUUUAUCCCAAUAGAAUAAAAACAAUAUUGUACGAAACAGUGGCAGAACAACCAUUAAAAGCAGCAAGGAGUCUUUUCCGAUUUUUAGGAUUAACUGAACCAGCAAAUUUUGAAUCAUGGCUAGGGAGUCAUACAAAGGCAGGCUAUAGUAAUGGAUAUUAUGACACCGUCAGAAGAAAUUCAACAACAACAGCUAAUUUAUGGAGAAAAUAUAUCAAUUUAAAAGUUGUUAAAUCAUUUGACAAAAAUUGCAAAAAGGUUUAUAAGAUAUUAGGUUUAAAAGAAUUGCCUAAUUAUUCAACAUUACAUAAUACAUUCAUAUCAUCUAGAUACAAAAGUCCAGUUUUCGGUGAAUAUUUGGAAUAAAAAAAAACAUUCACUUUCGCAAUAUCUAAAAUAAUUUCCUGAUCUGUUUGACAGGGUCAACUGAACAGAAAUAUUAAUAUUAUGUUUCUUUUAUACUGAUAGGAUACAUAUCACAGACCCACAAAAUUCGUUUUGUAUUGCAUUGUUUUAGUGGGUUACAUUUCCUUGAUCAUUCAAUGAAAUAAAACACCGUUCAUAAUGCCAAUUAUGACUCCCGUGUAUGACCAGACAGCGAGACGACACGAGAAGUGAAAAAGUCGGAUUACUAGCUAUCCUCAAUGAUCUGGAAUUUCCUAUCAAUGUAUGAACGCAGUCAUAUACGUUCGUUACAGAGUCCUAUGGAUCGGGAAUGGUCCGUAGAGAUCGGCCAAAUACUCCCGAUAGUUAGGUGCGUUCCGUAUCAUUCGAGAAACGCGGCCGAUUUUGUCUAGUAAGGUUCCAUGCAAUUUGUACAUAUCAUUUCAGUCAUUGAUUUUGGUAAUUAUGAUAAAAUUAACAAGAAAGUAGAAAAUCCUUCCAUUGAUAUACUCAUUAAGGCCCAUACUCAGUAUUUCAGAAAGGGUGCGGAAAAAUCGUUGUAGAGAGCGACCUCCGAUUGAAAAAAAUCAUUAAGACCCAUACUCAGGAUUUCAAAUAGGGUGCGGUAAAACAUCGUUGUAUAGGCAGUACUUCGUUGCCGUUGACCUGAAUUUAUACUUUAUUUCAACAAAUUCUCUUGACAGACACUGAUAAAAACAACACAAACGGAGGAUUGUGUAUUUUGCAAAUCCUUGCAAUUACUUGGUAAGACAAAUGUCUAAAUUUAGGCUUAGAUAUGAUCUAGUUUUCUUGGAAAAGCUAAAAUACCGAAAUCUGAGUAUAACCAUGCAUAAACAUGUACUCAACUAAAACUGGUGUAAUAAAAAAAAAAGCAAUGAAAGACACGCUCAGUAAGAAAUUUGCAUUUUAUAGGAAUCGCAGCUGCAAUUUUCAAAUGUCCUGAAUGACCAUGAAUUGUGUAAAAAAUUGCUUAAGAUUUUUGUUUAUCUUAACGUACAAGAUAAUAUAUCGGAGAAAAAUAUAACUUCAGUGUUUUGAUUGCGAAUUGAAGUGGGCUUAACGUUUUUGUUAGGUUCUAUUUAAUUGCAAUUUAAAUAUAAAUUCAGUUACUUUUGAUAGUGCUAUGGAUAUAUGCAUGACAGAAUUAUUUACUUAAUGAGUAUAGUAGUCAGCCUUCAUGUCCAUAACCUGAUAUCAAAAUGAAACCAGUAAUUUGCUGGCCGGUAAUUCCAUCAGUCACAUAUCAUUUCUAUCCAUUCGACAUGUCAGAUCGUUGAAAUUAAUGGAGUUGACUGUAAUAUUCAUAGAUGAAUGUAGUUUGAUUCAUAUCUGAAUCCUAAUAAUUAUGUACUGUCUAGUUUAGAUUUUGUUUAUAUAACUGUUCUUUUUAAUAAAUAAACAAACAAAUAAAU